CGCGUCCGUGUUAAGAAGGUGCGCAGCGCGCGGUUCAGACGGAGCGGGUGUAGCGCGGGGGUUUCCGAGGAGUUUUGCGCGUCUGUACUGCGGAGCAGGCCAUGGCGAGCUACCUGACCUGGGUCGUCUUUGCGAUCUGCAUCACGGUUCUGAAAGCCGUAAUAAGAGAGCCGGACAUCCAGGUCUAUACCCGCUUUCCAGUGGAGUUUGGCAAAACCAACACCCUCAAUUGUUAUGUCGAGCACUUCCAUCCUCCCAAAAUCGACAUCACUCUUCUCAAGGAUAAUGUCCCAAUUGAGAAUGUGAAGAAGUCUGAUCUUUCCUUUGACCGCGACUGGACCUUCCAUUUGUUGGUCUCUGCAGAAUUUGUUCCUGAGCAGAACUCUGUGUACACCUGCAAAGUGGAACAUGAUAGCUUGCAGCAAGCCAAGAUUGUAAAAUUGGACUAUUAAUAAGAAACUGAUGGUCCCAGUAAACCAGGGUUGAAGAGCAUCGCAUUUCAAGAAUUGCAUUCAUCUAUUUCCUGAGCAUACAUCACAUUCUGUUCCUGUAUUGCUAACCACUAAUAAUGAAUGUCAUUAUACAGUUUGCUGACAUAAUGCUAAUGGAGCUGAGCAAUAGAGUACCUCACUCCCAGAUUUUGCGGUGAGGGUCACACUAGGAUCCAUGAGUUAAUUGCUUGUGCGUAUCGAGCUGCGAAUGUUUGAUGUAGCUUAUUAUUCUAGAGAUUUUGAGGUUAUGAUUUUCAGCUUUUUUUAGGUAUGCCCACUGUAGGCUAAGAAUGCAUUGGCAAUUUGAACUAUCCUUCAGUUACAGUAGCAUAAAUAUUUGGGCAAUUUGAUUAAAUAACUUGUAACUUUC